AUGGGCCUCCAGAUUCUUCCCGACUGGCAGAACUACUUUGGCUUUCCCCAUGGACGAACCCUCGGUCUGAUCAACUCUGCGCAAAGCAUCGGAGCCAUGGCAGCCUUGCCGUUCACACCGCUCGCAUCUGACUCCCUGGGACGACGCCCGACGUUGUUUCUAGGAUCUGUCAUCAUGCUCGCAGGGGUCGCCCUGCAGAUUUCGGCGUGGACUGUCACAGUGUUGAUCUGCGGGCGUAUUCUAAUUGGACUGGGGCUUUCAUUCUGCUUGAAUGCGGCGCCGCUUCUUCUGAUCGAACUAGCGUAUCCGACGCAGCGGGGGAAGAUCACUGCCCUGUACAACUCUAACUGGUAUCUGGGAAGCAUUAUGUCGGCAUUCAUCUGCUUUGGCGCGUCGUACACAUCAAUCACGGGUAAUAACUGGUCGUGGAGGGCACCCACUCUCGUCCAGGCUGUUUUUCCGAUGAUGCAAGUCACGCUCAUCUGGUUCGUGCCAGAAUCACCACGGUUUCUGUUGUCCAAAGGCUUUGAAGGCAAGGCCACCAAGAUUCUGACUCAGUACCAUGCGAAUGGCGAGAUCGGCCCCCAUCCUCUCGUGCAGUUUGAAGUCGCCCAGAUCCGGCAUGCCUUGAGGGUGCAGGAGGACAUCGACCGAGGCACUUACUGGUCGCUGCUUACGACGCCAGGCAACCGGAAGCGCAUGCGGAUCAUACUGGCGAUCGCCGUCUUCUCGCAGUGGUCCGGCAAUGGCCUGGUCAGCUACUACAUCAACCUUGUCCUCAACGGCGUCGGGAUCUCGGGUACCAAGACCAAAGCAGGCAUCAACGCUGCGCUCCAGGUGUUCAACUUCCUCGUGGCGGUGCUGGCGUCGUUCCUGGUGGACUACGUCGGACGCCGGACGCUGUUCCUGGUGUCGAAUGCGGGAAUGCUCGCGGCGUUCAUCUUGUGGACCAUCAGCGAGGGCAUCUUCAACAGCCUGCACAAGACUGCUGCAGCCAAAGCCACGAUCCCGAUCAUCUUCAUCUUCUACUUUUUCUACGACCUGGCGUACACCCCGAUGUUGGUGGCGUAUACACUCGAGAUUCUCCCGUACAAAAUCCGAGCCAAGGGGUUCGCCCUGAUGAAUCUCACGGUGUUCCUUACCACGGCAUUCAACCAGUUUGUGAAUCCAUGGGCCAUCGAUGCGAUCGGAUGGUGGUACUAUCUUGUCUACGUCGGCUGGCUCGUCAUCGAGUUGGUGUUUGUCUGGUUCUACAUCGUCGAGACCAAAGGCCGCACCCUGGAAGAAACCGCUGUCAUAUUCGAUGGCGCGCAGCAGCAGCACGAGCUCGCGCACAUGGGGGGAGAGGCCGCAACGACGCACCUCAGCCGCGCGAUUGCACUCGAGGACCGGUCGAGAUCAGAUGACAGCCCUCCGAGCGACAAAAGCCGGCCGUCGGGUGCGGAGAGUGUGAUGACGACGGAAGAUAGUUUCUUUGAUUAG